UUUUGGAUGUACUUUUAUUAAUGAUUAGUGCAGGUGAACCUUUACUGAAAAUGUAUGGCAGGUCGGUACAAUUUGGGUAGGUGGAUUCUGUACUGAUAUAGUUUAGGGCUUUUGUUGACAUUUUGGGAUCAGUGAAAUGGUUGUGACUUUUGAUGCAAUGGAAAAUUUCCAUUUCCUCUUGGUGGUAAGAUGUAACAAUGGCCAGAAGAUAAAAAUUUUCAUACUUUAAUUUUCAUUGUCUUGAGUCAUCUAGUGGAAAUAUUCAACUUAUUUGGCAAAGUCUGUAAUUUCAUCCUCAAAAGCCACAGCUGAGAGAGACCAGUGAUGUGUUUCAUCGUCAUUGCUGUGUACUUGCUCCUCCUCAACCCUCAUGCCCUAGCCCUGUGGGCCUGCACACGCUCCUGCCCUCCUAGUUGCACCUGUACUCAGGAAAAGAGCUGCAUUGUCCUCUGUGACCAUGUCAACAUGGUGGACCUGCCCAAAGAAUUCCCCUGUGAGGCAUCCUCCAUCAACCUGGACAAGAACAGCCUCAAGUUCUUAUCUGAGCGGGCAUUUGGCACACUGCCUUCCCUCAAGUCACUCUCACUUGACCACAACAACAUAUCCUUCAUCACACCAGGUGCGUUUAAAGGGCUUCCCAACUUGGUGGAGCUCAAGAUGGCCCACAAUGAGUACAUCCGUUACUUGCAUACCCGCACCUUCACAUCACUCAAACGCUUGGUUCGCCUGGACGUUUCAGAUUGCAACCUCUUCAACAUGCCAGACCGCAUCUUCCUUGAGCAAAUUUCUCUUAAGGAACUGCUGUGCUUUCAAAACAACUUCCGGCGCAUUCCUGGUGCAAUACGGGGGAUGGAAAACUUUACGCACGUCUACAUGGAGCGCAACAAGAUUGAAGCAGUAGCCUACAACUCUUUGCUGGGCCUAACCAACCUCAAAUACCUCAACUUGCAAGAGAAUCGCAUAAAUGUGAUCCAUGAUGAGGCCUUCAAAGAUCUAGUGCGCCUAGAGAACUUUUACCUGAAUGAUAAUCUGUUGGUUGAUUUACCCCAGCAGGCUUUCAAGGGAUUAAGCAAUCUUAAAAUGUUGAACCUGGGUGGGAACCUGCUGACCAAUGUCUCCAAAACAUGGUUCAGUGACCUGGUAGAGCUGGAAGUGCUCUACCUGGAUCGAAACCGCCUGUCCUAUAUUGAGGAGGGAUCCUUUGAGAACUUGACAAGCCUCAUGACGCUGCACCUCAACAGCAACAAUCUGACAUCUUUACCCUUUUCUGUCUUUCAGCCCAUCUAUUUUAUCGGGCGCCUGUAUCUCUUUCGAAACCCUUGGGAGUGUAGCUGUGACCUGGAGUGGCUGAGAGAGUGGAUGGAGAGUUAUAAGCUGGUGAGAGACAUUCCAUGUGCAUCCCCUUCCUCGGUUACUGGAUUGGAUCUGAGUGAGGUGGUCUACGGCCAUCUGAACGGCACCUGUCUAGAUCCACCAGAGCUCAACCUGACCACAGCUCUUCCUGAAAAUCCUACAACUGAGAACAAGUACAACAACCUAAUUUCCAAACUACUGCAGCAGGAGUUCAGGGAGGAGAUGUUCAACUCCACAGACAGCCUGAGGAAUGGUACCCAGCAGGAUCUGGCUGAGAGUCAGGUUUCUUCUGGAUAUGGACUGUUCAGUGCCCCUCAUAUUUAUUUUCUUCUUGUAUUUGUUUUUCAAGCCCAGACUGACUUUCUAUCUGAUGGAAUGAAUACCUCUUGA